UCACUGAUUGCUAUGAUUUCGUGGUCAAUGAAACUUGGUUACUUCUAUCGUUAUUGUAGCCCAUAAACAUGGCAUAAGCAUUUUGCUUUGCUACGUCGCUGCACUUUUGCACACCAUGUGUUUGUUUUUAUGUCUGAAAGAGCUAUUUGUGCAUAGGGCAAAUGAGACGAGCUGAGUUGAAUAAUUCGGGUGUUCGAGCAUGGCUCGAGUUUCUGUGUUGUUGAUCGAGCUCAGCUCGUGUGCUACUCGCUCGAACUCGGCUUGUCUAGUGUAUGUAUAUAUGGUGUUCAAGCUCGAGCUCAUUAAUUGGCAACAUGUAGUAUCAUUUGUACUUAAGGUCAAGGGCCAAAAUUCUUUCUCUACACAUAUACCUUUUUUUGCAUGACGGCUCGUGCACUGGCUCGCUAACAAACGAAUCCAAACAUGUUCGCGAGCCCAACAAACCGAGCACCGCCAGCUCGAGCUUGAAAAUUUUCUCCAGAUCGGCUCGUUUACUAUCAAAUCGAGCAUUGAACAACUGAGCCUGCGAGUAGUUCUAUUCAUUUGCUCCAUUUAUGCAUGUUAUUGAGCUGUAGAAAGAAGUUGCAAAGAUUCUAUAUAUGUCUAGGUCCUACUCCUCUAUGCUUCAAAAUUCCCUCUAAGGAUAUGAGAAGCCCUGCCAUUUCAUCGGUGACGAAUCUCCAAAAUCUUUGUCACAAAAUCAAAGAGUCAUCAUCAGUUUGCAGAUGGAAGGAAGUGCUUUCCCAUUACAUAGAGAUAAGGAAGGCCGGAUUUCAACUGAUAGAUCACACAGUCUACUCUCAUGUGCUCAAGGCUUGCUUACCUUUCUCAUUUAGGCUCGGACAGUCCGUCCACGCAUCCUUGACUAAGCAGGGAUUCGACUCGUUCAGCUCUGUGAGAAACUCAUUGAUGGACUUUUAUGCAAAAUCUGGUGUGUUAAGCUGUGCAUUUAGUGUUUUUGAUUGCAUGAAGACAAGGGAUUCGGUUUCGUGGAAUAUAAUUCUCCACGGGCAUCUGGAUCGAGGUUUUCUUGAAGAAGGAGUCGAUUUGUUUGUUGAAGCUAGAGCAUUUGGGUUCCAACCCAAUGUCUCCACUUUGGUGCUCGUGAUUCAGGCGUAUCAAAGCCUACGAGCUUUUGAUGAUGGACAGGGAUUUCACGGGUACUUGAUCCGGAGUGGUUUGUGGAGCUUAACUUCGGUUCAAAACUCUCUUUUGGGUAUGUACACAGAAAUUAGGAUGGACUAUGCAGAAAUCCUCUUUGAUGAAAUGUAUGAGAAAGAUGUGAUAUCAUGGAGUGUGAUGAUCAGAGGAUAUGUGCACCAAAAUGAAAACGUAUUUGCUUUGGAGUCGUUUAAGCAGAUGGUUUCGGAGUUUGGGGUUGAACCGGAUGGACAAACCAUGGUAACCGUGUUGAAAGGCUGCAGUCAACUAGGAGAGCUAAAAACAGGAAAAUUGAUCCAUGCCUUUGUGGUCUCGAGAGGUUUGGAUUGUGAUUUGUUUGUGGGAAACACUAUUGUUGAUAUGUAUUGCAAGUGCGGAGAUGUGGACUCUGCAAUGUUAGCAUUUGGGGAGAUGCCUUACAGGAAUGUAGUGUCGUGGAAUUCUCUGUUUUCCGGGCUUGUUCAUAACGAGAAGCACGAUGAGUCGUUGAGAUUCUUUGCUUUGAUGGAAAAGUCAGGACUUGGUGCUGAUGAGGUGACUCUAGUGAACCUACUUCUGAUAUGUAAAGCCUUAGGGGAUUUGCAUCAAUGCAAGUCGAUCCAUUGCAAGAUAAUCCGGAGAGGCUUCUACUCGAAUGAGCUUGCUGUGAAUUCUUUGAUCGAUGCAUAUGCAAAGUGCAACGAGAUUGAUCUUUCGUGGAGACUAUUCCGCCAGAUCAAAAGUCCAGAUGUUGUGACGUGGACUACAAUGAUCUCAGCUUUCACUCACUGCGGCUUCCCUGAUGAGGCGAUCUCUCUGUAUCGACAGAUGAGGCAGAGGCCGAGCCCCGUCACCCUGCUGAGCCUUCUCGAGGCGUGUGCCCUCUCUGCUGAGAUUGGAAGGUCGAAAUGCGCUCAUGCCAUUGCUAUCCGGAUGGGCUUGGCAUCCAAUGUGGCGGUGGGGACGUCAGUUCUUGACAUGUACUCGAAGUGUGGGGCGAUAGAAGCUUCCAGAAGGGCGUUUGAUCAAAUCUCACUGAAAAACGUGGUUUCCUGGACUGCGAUUAUCGCUGCACACGGCUUAAACGGGCUCCCACGCGAAGCUGUGGCUCUGCUCUCCCAAAUGGAAGCUCACGGUGUGAGGCCUAACUCGGUAACAAUCCUCUCGGUGCUGUCUGCUUGUUGCCAUGGCGGGUUGGUCGACGAGGGAGUGUCUCUCCUCGCAGACAUAGUGACCAAGUAUGGAACUGAACUGAAGUCGGAGCACUACUCGUGCCUCGUGGACUUGCUGGCCAGAGCUGGAAAGCUCGAUGAUGCAUUCCGACUGAUUAAAUCCAUUCCUGCUGCCGGAGCCAGUGCUUGGGGCGCGCUCCUGAGUGCCUGCAGGACCUAUGAGGAUAGAAAACUCACUGAAGGUGCACUUCCUCGGAUGCUCGAACUGGAGCCAUCGAGCUCAGCUGGUUAUCUACUCGCGUCCAACACGUUUGCUGCUGGAGGUUCGUGGACGGAUGCUUCUGGGAUCAGAUGUUUGAUGAAGGAGAGAGGCGUGAAAGCUGUGGCUGGUUACAGUAUGGUUCAUGUGGGGAACAACGUGCAUACGUUCACGGCCGGUGAUAAAUGCCAUCCGUUGGCUCAUACGUUCGGCCCAGUCGUCGAGCAAUUGCAUUCGUGUAUGAUUGAUACAGAGGCAAGAAUGCCGGUUCUCUAGGAUCCAAGGUAAGAAAGUUUCAGUCUUUUUCUCUCUUUGAAAUGUUGCUUUCUUUGCCCUAGUCUAUAUUUGCACAUUAGUUUUCGGGGGUGUUUGGCCGAGCUUAUUUUAAAGAGCUUAUAAACUCCAACAGCUUAUUUUCAUGCAUUCGGUAUAUUCUUUUGCAUCUUUGUAUAUAUAUAUAUAUAUAGAAAGUGGUUAAAUAAGAACAUAUUUUUAUGAGAACUCUUGCACUGAACGUAUAAAAUAACUGCACUGAACUCUACACUAAGCAAAUAUUGUGAAUUACUUAUAAGUUCAGUACAACUACUAUAUAAAUUCAGUGCAAUUACUUUAUAAGUUCAGUGCAAAACUUCUCACAGUUCUCAUAAUAAGAAGUUUUUAUUUUAACCUCACCCUAUAUAUAUAUAUAUAUAUAUAUAUAUAUGUCGGAGUUCAUCCUUCUCAUUUAUUUGAUAAUAAACCUAUUUGCAGUUCACAAUCACAGGCAAAAAGUCCCAAUCUGUAGUGAGAAAAAUUUGAAUGUUGACUGAUAUAUUAGUAAUACUGUUGACAUUUGAUUUCAUCACCCACGGAAAAGACUCAAAUAAGAUGGAAAAAAAAUCAACAAAAACUAGGUGACUAGAAUCAAAUGAAAAAAAACAUAAGAUAAGGCCAGAAAACAGGAAUUACAAGAAUGAAUAAAAAUGUUCUUUUUUUUUGUUUUGCCUAAAGUUAAGCAUCCCAGCUUUGAUCAAUGCCUCAUUCCCUUCUCAUCUUCUUCUCUCAAUGGCUGCAAAAUGUUGCAUAUACAAUAUACAGCUUUUCUGUACUAACACUUUGUCAUCAUUGAUGCCUCUGCAGAUGGCUUUGUGAAGCAAUAUGUAUAUAUAUAGAUUUUUGGGUAUGUGUGAUCAAUAUAUAUAUUUUUGUUUCUUGUGGCAGAUGAAUGGAGAGAUGAGCAAAAACCAAGAUCUAUAUACACUGCAAUCUAUGAAAAUUUACCCUGCUUGAGAUGGCUGCAUCAGUUGCCUAGUGCAACGAAGCUGCCCCCUCUCAUCAUCUGCUUGAACUCGUCGAAAUCGACCCUCCCGUCGCCGUCCGCGUCGACCUUCGUGAUCAUCUUCUUGCAGUCCUCGGCGCCGCGCGCCUGCCUGAGGCCGAGCGACGCGAGCACGGAGUUCAGCUCGUCGACGGUGAUGAAUCCGUCGCCGUUCUGGUCGAACACGUUGAACGCCUCCUUCAUGUCCUCCUCCUCGUUGCGCUCGUCCAUGAUGGCCCGGUAGAGGGCGCCGAACUCGUCGAUGUCGACGCAGCCGUCCCCGUCGACGUCGACCCUGUCGAUCAUCUGGGACAGCUCGUCGCCGGGGAUGAAGAUCCCCAUGUUCUCGAGGGAGCCGUUGAGCUCGGUCUUCGUGAUCCGCCCGUCGCCGUUCCUGUCGAACAUCUGGAACACCCGUCGGAGCUCCCCGUCGUCCAUUCGUCGGGGAGCGCGCGGGGACGUCGCGGAUAACGACAUAACCGGCUCGUUCUUGAUGUGCUGAUGUUGUUGUUGCUGUUGUUGUUGUUGUUGUUCUGUGUACGAGUACCAAGAAGCUGGGAGAUACGUUCUCAGCUUCUUGGGUACUAAGUAUUGGAAAAGUGUGUAGAAGAGCUUGUAGACAAGAAAAAUUCUCAACAAAUUGGUUGGCAUUGUGUGGUGGGAGUUGAUGUUAGUAUAUAGAGAGAUGAAGUGAGAGAGAAAUCUUGAUAGAAACUCUUGAAA